AUGGUACCAAUACCCCAAGUAAUGGUACCAAUAUACCAAGUAAUGGUACCAAUAUCCCCAAGUAAUGGUACCAAUAUCCCAAGUAAUGGUACCAAUAUACCAAGUAAUGGUACCAAUACCCCAAGUAAUGGUACCAAUAUACCAAGUAAUGGUACCAAUACCCCAAGUAAUGGUACCAAUAUACCAAGCAAUGGUACCAAUACCCCAAGUAAUGGUACCAAUACCCCAAGUAAUGGUACCAAUAUACCAAGUAAUGGUACCAAUACCCCAAGUAAUGGUACCAUUACCCCAAGUAAUGGUACCAAUAUACCAAGUAAUGGUACCAAUAUCCCAAGUAAUGGUACCAAUACCCCAAGUAAUGGUACCAAUAUACCAAGUAAUGGUACCAAUAUCCCAAGUACUGGUACCAAUACCCCAAGUAAUGGUACCAAUAUCCCAAGUAAUGGUACCAAUAUACCAAGUAAUGGUACCAAUAUCCCAAGUAAUGGUACCAAUACCCCAAGUAAUGGUACCAAUAUACCAAGUAAUGGUACCAAUACCCCAAGUAAUGGUACCAAUAUCCCAAGUAAUGGUACCAAUAUACCAAGUAAUGGUACCAAUAUAAGUAAUGGUACCAAUACCCCAAGUAAUGGUACCAAUAUACCAAGUAAUGGUACCAAUAUCCCAAGUAAUGGUACCAAUAUACCAAGUAAUGGUACCAAUAUACCAAGUAAUGGUACCAAUAUACCAAGUAAUGGUACCAAUAUACCAAGUAAUGGUACCAUUACCCCAAGUAAUGGUACGAAUAUCUCAAGUAAUGGUACCAAUAUCCCAAGUAAUGGUACCAAUAUCCCAAGUAAUGGUACCAAUAUACCAAGUAAUGGUACCAAUACCCCAAGUAAUGGUACCAAUAUACCAAGUAAUGGUACCAAUACCCCAAGUAAUGGUACCAAUAUACCAAGCAAUGGUACCAAUACCCCAAGUAAUGGUACCAAUACCCCAAGUAAUGGUACCAAUAUACCAAGUAAUGGUACCAAUACCCCAAGUAAUGGUACCAUUACCCCAAGUAAUGGUACCAAUAUCUCAAGUGAUGGUACCAAUAUCCCAAGUAAUGGUACCAAUACCCCAAGUAAUGGUACCAUUACCCCAAGUAAUGGUACCAAUACCCCAAGUAAUGGUACCGAUAUCCCAAGUAAUGGUACCAAUACCCCAAGUAAUGGUACCAUUACCCCAAGUAAUGGUACCAAUACCCCAAGUAAUGGUACCAAUAUCCCAAGUAAUGGUACCAUUACCCCAAGUGAUGGUACCAUUACCCCAAGUAAUGGUCCCAAUAUCUCAAGUAAUGGUCCCAAUACCCCAAGUAAUGGUCCCAAUAUCCCAAGUAAUGGUACCAUUACCCCAAGUAAUGGUACCAAUAUGUAA